AUGCUAAAAUCGAUGCGACGAGAAGCGAAAAGUAUGGCAGCAUUUCAUUUUGCGAUGGAGGCAGCCAUAAAGAAAGACCAAAAUAAACUCGACGUCUUCCAGGAAAUCGGUGCUAUCCAAGCGCUGAAGGAGGUCGCAUCGUCACCUGAUGAAGUUGCCGCCAAAUUCGCCUCCGAGGCGUUGACCGUUAUAGGUGAAGAGGUACCGUAUAAACUUGCACAACAAGUCCCCAAUUGGACGGUCAAAGAUGUUCAAUACUGGGUGAAAAAGAUUGGCUUCGAAGACUAUGUAGAUCGCUUCGCAAAGCAAAUGGUCGAUGGAGAUAUUUUACUACAUUUGAAUGAAAAAGAACUCGAAAGAGACAUCGGCAUGUCUUCAGGACUCCAUCGGAAGCGAUUCAUUAGGGAACUUGAAAGCCUCAAGAUCGCUGCUGACUAUUCAGCCGUGGACGAGAGCAACCUAGACCAAUUGUUGAUGUCAUUGAGUCCAGAAUUGUCCGUCUAUACCUACAAGAUGCUGUCAUGUGGUAUUAAUCGGUCAUUGUUGGGCUCGUUAACUGACGAACUAAUGCAGACCGCAUGUGGAAUCACGAAUCCGAUCCAUCGGCUAAAGAUGACUCAAGCAUUCCAAAAUGCCAAACAUCCAGAUGAAGUCGAAGUGGCUGUACUAAGCAAACAAAUAGACGUCUUUAUCAGUUACCGAAGAAGUACCGGAAAUCAGCUGGCCAGUCUUAUCAAAGUAUUACUGCAAUUGAAAGGCUACAAAGUGUUCAUCGACGUGGACAAGUUGUACGCCGGAAAAUUCGACUCCUCAUUAUUGAAAAACAUCCAAGCCGCCAAGCACUUCAUUCUCGUCCUUACCCCUAACUCCUUAGAUCGAUUGCUCAACGAUCACAACGGUGACGACUGGAUUCACAAAGAGCUGAAAUGCGCCUUUGAAUAUCAGAAAAACAUCAUUCCGAUUUUCGAUCAAGCCUUUGAAUUCCCUCAAAACGAAGAGCAAAUCCCUCAAGAUAUUCGGAUGAUCACCAAAUACAACGGUGUCAAAUGGGUCCAUGAUUAUCAAGACGCUUGCAUGGGCAAAGUAGUCCGAUUUAUCGAGGGAGAACUCAAUCGAACGCCCAGCCUUCCAGCUCCGGCCCACAACGCGCCACAUCCGCGGCGAGCGACCAGUGGCCGAUUCCCGACUUCACAGUCAAGUAUACGACAGGCUUCCACAACGAGUCAUCGAACUGGUGGACGAGCCGGAGAACAUCCGCCGUCAACGCCUACAUUUACACCAGCAUCGUCGACGGACAAAAAUCGAAGGAAACAUCACACUUCCGUUACAACAGUGUACGAUCGUAGCUAA